AUGGCAGAGGUAGAUGGCAAGCGAGCUGCUACAAGAAUCUUGUGUCGUCCAGAUCAAAGAGAUGCACUUCUGGAGUUCAAAAACGAGUUUGAGAUUGGCAAACCUUCUCCUUUCUGUACCAUUGCUCAUCCGAAGACAUUGUCAUGGGUGAAUAACAGUGAUUGUUGUUAUUGGGAUGGUAUCACGUGUGAUUCUAAAUCCGGGGAAGUUAUUAAGCUAGACCUAAGUUGCAGCAGCGUCCGUGGCCGGUUUCAUUCUGAUAGCAAGCUUUUAAAGGUUCAAAGCCUUCGUAUUCUCGACCUUUCACAUAACAAUUUCAGUGGCCAAAUUCCUUCGUCCAUCGGAGACAUUCCUAAUCUCACUUUUUUAGACCUUUCCCGUAACAAAUUUGUUAGUAAAAUCCCAUCUUCACUUGGAAGUCUACUUCAUCUUACCUCUCUGGACCUCUCAAAUAAUAGUUUUUUUGGAGAAAUCCCAUUUUCAUUUGGAAAUCUUUCUAAUCUCAUUUCUCUUAACCUCUUUGAUAAUAACUUUGAGGGUAAACUUCCAUCUUCACUUGGAAAUCUUUCUUAUCUCAAGUUUCUUGACCUCUCUGUUAACAAUAUUGUUGGUGAAAUCCCAUCUUCGCUUGGAAAUCUUUCUCAUCUUUCUUUUUUCUACCUCCAUUUUAAUAAUUUUUCUGGUAAUAUUCCAUCUUCACUUGGAAAUAUUUCUCAUCUUACUUCUCUCACCCUCUCUUUUAACUAUUUUGUUGGUGAAAUCCCAUCCUCACUUGGAAAUCUUUCUUAUCUCAAAAAUCUCAUUCUUUCUCAUAACAGCUUGAGCCACUUGGCCUUCUUAGAUGUUGAGUCCAAUAACCUUAGUGGUAGCUUCCCUCUUGAACUACUAAAUCUGACAAAAUUGUCUAUUUUAUUCCUCUCCAACAAUCGGUUUUCAGGCAAUCUUCCUUCUUCUUUCAACAACACUCUUGAUUUUUCUAAUACAUCUCCGUCAUCUAAGCUACGAGAGUUAUACAUAGACAAUAACAACUUCAUAGGACCAAUACCCAUAACCAUUUUCCAAUCGGUCAGCCUCGUGAGAGUCCACCUUGGUAAUAAUCACCUCAGUGGAAAACUUUCUGAAAUAUUUUUCAAUGGCAGCAACCUAAGGUCCCUCCAUCUUGGUCAUAACCAAUUAGUGGGAAAACUUCCAAGAUCUUUGUCUAGCUGUUCUUCUUUGGAGGUUCUAAACUUAGAACACAACAGAAUUAAUGACACAUUUCAAUUUUGGUUGGAAUCCUUAAGAAAUCUACAAGUGCUGGUCCUCCACUCUAAUGAAUUCCAUGGGUUGUUACAAUAUCAUCCCAACGUUACUCCUUCGUUCUCUCAGUUGCGAAUAAUUGACAUAUCACAUAAUUCCUUCACUGGAACUUUACCGUCUAAUUUUUUCAUGUAUUGGAGCGCAAUUUUCUCAAAGGGAAACCAUUCAGAACUGAAUUACAUUGGAGAUCGUUCCUAUGAUCAAGACUCGUUGGCUUUGAUGAAUAAAGGACUAAAGAUGAAGUACAGAAGGAUUCUCACACUCUUAACGGCCAUUGAUAUUUCAGAAAAUAGGCUCCAAGGAAACAUACCUAAAUCCAUUGGCCAAGUGAAGAAUCUUAUUGUGCUCAAUCUGUCAAGCAAUGGUUUCAGUGGGCACAUUCCUUCAUCUUUGGCAAAUCUGACUACACUCGAGUCUCUAGACUUGUCCAAUAAUAAACUUUCAGGCCAAAUUCCACCUUCUCUUGGAGAUCUAACAAGCCUUUCAAACAUUACGGUUUCCCACAACCAGCUCGUUGGUCCGAUACCUCAAAGCACGCAGUUUCAGACUCAAGAUGCUUCAUCUUUUGAAGAUAACAUGGGACUUUGCGGUCGCCCUCUCAGUAUAACAUGCGGAGACAUAGACACAGAGAUAUCAGAAGAACCCGAAACAGAAGAAGAAAAAGAAGAAGAAGAAGAGAAAGCAGUAUUGAGCUGGACUGCAGCUGUCAUUGGCUUAGCACCUGGAGUCAUCUUUGGAUUGAUUAUUGGGACCUUUGUGACUUUACAAAAGCCUCAAUGGCUCAUGUAGAUAUCUGGUGAUCUCGGCGGCUUGCAUGGAUCUGUCGCGAACAAAUCAUCAUAUCCAACCAACACAGUGAGGACCGUGGAUAUAAUACCUGG